UCCAUCUUCCACAUUGGCUUGCUGCUACCACAUCAAUCGAAAGCCAAACAUGGCUGAUGAAACGGCGAAGGCACAGGUUGCCCGGCCGGGCGGAGAUACAAUAUUUGGGAAAAUAGUUCGCAAAGAGAUUCCUGUCAACCUAGUUUAUGAAGAUGAUUUGUGUGUUGCCUUCCCUGAUAUUGCUCCUCAAGCUCCCACUCACAUCCUGGUCGUCCCCAAAAAACCAAUUGUUCAGCUGUCACAAGCCGAGGACAGUGAUGCUGCUCUGUUAGGUCACAUGCUGAUAGUUGCAAAGAAGUGUGCCCGAGACGCAGGUCUGGCUAAAGGCUACAGGAUUGUCAUCAACGACGGGCCGGAUGGCGGCCAGUCUGUCUACCACAUCCACAUUCACAUCCUGGGUGGACGCAUUCUGGGCUGGCCUCCUGGCUAACCUCCGUCCUCCUGCACAGGCCGCUUUGCCAUAUCUGUCACCUGACGUCCAGUGUUGCUAGAUUUAAAUUCAGGAUGUAUCACAAUGAAAUGAGUUACACAAAUCUGGAAAUGCAAACAUGUUAAUAAAAUUCACAACUCUUCA